AUGAACAUCAUAAAAAUAGAUAUAGAUAAGAGUUGGAUCUCAAGGCCACGAGGUAGUGUCGAAUACAAGGCCGGGUUGAACAAAUUUUUGGAUUUUGCAUUUGCAAAUGCAUCAUCCGAUGGGAUGAUACAUUGUCCAUGUCCUUCGUGUGGAUUCCGGCUAUUCCAAACUAGAGAGGAUGCUUACGAUCACUUGCUGUUAAAACUGUUUCCUGCUAAGUAUACCUUUUGGUUACAUCACGGGGAGAGACGCGUAGGAGAGAGUUCUACUGAGACACAAGAAACUGACCCUGGUAGCGUCUACCGAGAUCCAAUGCGCGACAUGGUUCGUGAGGCAUUCAACUUUCCAGGUUCUGUUGUCGAUGAAGAUGACUCGAGCAAUAAAGAUUUUGAGGGGGAUGCCGAAGAGUUGCCUUAUUUGUACAGCGAACCUAGUCAGGCGGCCCGUCAUUUUGAUGAGCUGCUUGAGGAUGGAGAGCAGGAAUUGUAUCCGGGUUGUGCGAAAUUCUUGAAGUUGGCUUUCUUGGUCAGGCUAUACCAUAUAAAGUGCAUGUGUGGCAUGAGCGACAAGGCAUUCAGAAUGAUACUAGAGUUACUGUGUGAGGCCUUUGAGCAUGCAAAGAUUCCAGCUUCACUGCACGAUGCCAAGAGGAUCAUACGAAAGCUCAGUUUUGCUUACAAGAAGAUAGAUGCAUGUCCGAAUGACUGCAUGCUAUAUCAGGGCAGCGAUCAAGAACUAUCUAGGUGCAAGAUAUGUGGGACCUCGAGAUGGAAGCAAAAGACUAGGAGGAAUUCCAUUGUCCGGAUCAAUGUGGUUGUUAAGAAGAAAGGGAAGCCGCAGGCGACGAAGGUUCUUCGGUACUUUCCCCUUGUUCCACGACUGCAGCGGAUGUUCAUGUCCAGUAAAACAUCUGUUGACAUGUUGUGGCACAAGAAAGGUCCUAACUCGGAUGGUUUUUUGAGGCAUCCACGAGACGGAGAGGCAUAG